CAAGUAGUAGUUCAUUUUCGGACAGCACGAAAUGGCCAUUUCAGAUCUUCUUAAUCGCCGAGUGCGGGCACUCCCCGAGGAAGAUGAAGAGGUCUACUCCGAUCGGUCUGGUUCCGAGGAGGCGAGUGACCAUGCACCCUCGGACUCUGAGAAUGCCAGCGACGAUUCUCUCGAUGAGGAUGAUGUCGGCAAUGAUGAUAUGUCAGACGAAGCCUCCGAUGGUCUAGAAGACGACGACGACGACGACGAUGAUGACCAUGACAAUGAUAGCGAAAGCCACAGCGAAGCACCCGAAGAUGAUGUCCAGGCCACCCUGGGAAACAUCUCAUUCGGCGCUCUAGCCAAGGCGCAAGCAUCCCUAGGUCCGAAAGCAAAACGAGCCUCGAAAACCAACAAGAAAACAGACGAAGCCAACGCAGUUUCAUCGCCGCUCGAUGAUAUUCGAGCUCGUAUCCAGGAAGCACGGGAGCAGAAGCGGCAAGGAUUGUCAAAGUCGAAGGAUUCGGAGAAGCCCUCCCGUUCCUCGAAGCACGCUCCCAUGGUGCAAUCAUCCAAAUAUGCCGUUUCUCGCAAACGCACCGUUGUCGAGCCGCCGAGCGUGCCCAAAUCUCGAGAUCCACGUUUCGACCCUACUGUGACCAGUGCGGGUGGUCGGGGUAAUCCUCAAGGUGCCAAGGAUGCCUACGCUUUCCUCGAUGAAUACCGUGCCAAUGAGCUCAAAGAGCUGAAGGCACAGUACGCCAAGACCAAGAAUCCUGCACAAAAGGAAGCCUUGAAGCGAGAGAUUCGAUCAACUCAGGACCGGCUCCGCGCUAUGGAGAGCAGAAAGCGAGAGAGAGAGAUUCUAUCUGAACACAAGAAGAAGGAGAAACAGCUCAUCCGUGAAGGAAAGAAGAGCAACCCGUACUACAUGAAGAAGUCGGAUCUCAAGAAGCAGGUCCUGCUCCAGAAGUAUGAGAGUAUGAACUCCAAAGACCGCACGAAGGCGCUUGAAAGGAGGCGCAAGAAGACCGCGGCCAAAGAAAGGAAAGAAAUGCCUAUGGAGCGCCGAGCGCUGGCUGGCGACGAUGCGCCCCGAGACCACGGAGGGGGCUUCAAGCGCCGCCGGCUUGCUUAA